AUGCGAUCGCCUCUAUUCUGGUUCGCGGUCUCAAUUGGCUUGUCGCUCAGUGCGCGUAGAGGACCGAAGAUCAUCGACCUCACGCAUUGGUGGGACUCAAAGACUGUGUUUCCUCCGACGAAUUUGAAAAAUUUCACCAUGCAUACUUACUUCCGGAAAACUUUGAGUGGAGUCAUAUAUCAAUCCGAGACGAUCGAGUUGAGCACGAAUGGAGGAACACAUAUGCUUUCGCCAGCGUUUCUGCUCAAAGGCCGUCACACGGCCUCGCAAAUUCCGUUGGACAGGCUCUUCCUCCCAACAGCCGUCAUCGACGUAUCUCACCACGUUAUGAAGGACUCCAAUUAUCAGCUACGCAUCGUCGAUAUCAAGAGGUGGGAGGAUAUCCACGGACAGUUGCCUCAGGGUGGACUCCUCGCUGUGAACACUGGUUGGGGCAAGCGCUUCUGGGGGGAUACGGACAAAUAUUUCGGGACCGAUAAGGAGAAUCGAAAGGAAAAAAACUGCAACUACCCCGGCGUUCAUCCAGAUGCCGCACAGUGGCUCGUUUCGUAUCGAAAACUGCACGCAGUCGGCAUCGAUUCCCCGUCGUUGGAUCAUGGGCUUUCGAAAAAGUUCGAGUCGCAACAAAUACUCCUCAGCGCGAAUAUCUAUCUUAUCAACAAUAUCGAUCAUAUUUGGGCAUUGCCGCCUGCCGGCGCGACGACCUUCGUGUUCCCAAUGAAAGUCAAGGGUGCUGCAGUCGUCCCCAUUCGCCUCAUGGCUCUGAGUCCCUGACCGAAACGGAUGCGUUCGAACGAAUUCCCACAAACUCGGAUUCCCGCCGGCGACAGCUCCACUCGAAAGGCAACUAUGCUCGUCGGAUCGACCAAUCAUCGGCGUUCGGAGAGGAGGCGGCGAUGAAUCCGCUUCACGCGCCGAUUAAGCCCUUGAAUUGUAAAUUUCAAUCAAACUCAUGCCACCGAGCCCGAGAAGCUCGGCUGAAUUUGCGUUGGUGUAAUGGAGGAAACAAUAAAUUUCCUCCUCGGAAA